AUGACCAGUUACUAUGAUGCUUAUUUGUCAGAAGCAGAAGAUACUAUAGUAGAGCUGUCAAACAUUCUUCAAGACUUGCUAAACACAGAGCUUCCACUGUAUUCUGACACCAAUGCCGAUCCUGAAGAAAGCCAAACCUUGAAAAAGAAGGCCAAGAAGUCCUUAAGAAAAAGUAAGCAAAGAAAACCCUCUGAAGAAUUGACAUCAGACACCAAAAGAAUGAGACCCCUGAGCAACCCAACACUACUGGUUGGCAACCCAUUAUUUGCUGAUGAUGACAGUUGCAGUGUUGCAUCUGGAUUGACCUCUCUGACAAACCAGGAAACUGAAGGGCGUCGGCGAGAAGAGUUUUUUGAUACAGCCAGUAAAGUGCAUCGCUCAUUCAAGACGCUUCUGCACACCCUCACGCAACAGCAUGAUAAACUUAGCCAGAUGAUGAUUACUCAGGCCCCAAAUGCUUCCCUAUAUUUUGGACAUUCUGAAGUCGUAGCUCUACGAGAAGCAUUGACAAAGGCUAACAACACCAAUACUGAACUUAAAGGGCGACUUUUACGAAUAUAUAAGGAAGCAGACAUUAGUGAUCUUCGCAGUGACAUCUCAAUUCCUAUGCCUUCUACUCCUCUUGAAAUAUUCGAUGAGACCAUCCAGCAUGACACACUUGUUGCUCAGGCUUCAACAGAAGGUAAACUUUGCAGGACUGAAUCUUUAGCAGAAUUUUUUGAUGCUCAAGAGUAUUUACGGUCAGUUUCUUCAGAUUCUGAAGAAGAUGAGGAAGAAUUUACAGAAGCUGAGGAUGAUCAAGAGAGUUCCUCACAAGCAAGUGAGGCAGAUGAAUCUGAGAUUCCAUCAGAAGAGUUUAGAAGUAUGGAAGAGCUUACUGAGGUGGCAUUACCAGGUCCACGUUCACAGACCGGAAGGAGAAGUCGGUUACCUUCCCCCCAGCCUGACACCUCAGAUAUUAGUAUUUGGAACAUUUUGAAGAAGAAUAUUGGAAAGGAUUUGUCAAAAAUUGCAAUGCCUGUGAUAUUUAAUGAGCCUCUCAGCAUGCUUCAGAAUAAGAACGUCUGGUUUGGAUGUGUGUCCAGUUUUGAUGUGUUGGAAGACUGCCGAUUCCUGUGCUUCACUUGUACUAGGUCUGCGAUGUUGGUUGACUCUGGCUCGUAAAGCUUGCUGUGUCUC